UCUCAAUUUCUCUGUCUCUCAAAUCGCUGAUCGUCGUCCGCUUCCCGCUUUCUUCCGUGAGAUACAUUCUUACCAGUCGAGCCUGAUGUAGCAGAUGGCACAGGACGGCGAAACACUGUAUCUUCCCGAAGAAAUCAUCACAAACAUUCUCAAACGACUUCCGAUGCGAGUCCUUCAAUUCCAGAACGUACCUUGGAAGGCCGAAUUUAGGGUCGUUGGUUCCUGCAAUGGCUUGCUCUGUAUCAGACUCUUUGAUUUGUCCUGUUUAUUAUGGAAUCCAGCCACAAGAGAGGUGAUAUCGAUACCCAAGCCUCUUAAUUUUUUUGGGCGUGUGGAUUUAAUCUGUGAUGGAUUUGGGUUCCACCCAAUUGUUAAUGAUUACAGGAUAGUGAGACUUCAUGCUUGUCAGUUUGAUGGUGUUUAUGGAGUGCAAGUUUUUUCGGUAAGCACAGGGUCUUGGAAGGAAGUAAAAUCUGGGAACCUUAAAGGUGUACGUAUUUGCACAAGUGAUGGUUUCAGAUUUAAUGGAGCCAUCUUUUGGCUUGGGACAAAAAAUGAUUGUCGUUUGAUAGUUUCAUUUGACAUUGUCAUGGAAGUAUUUACAUUGAUUCCAAUGCCCACUCCAAACUCUAAGUAUGGAACUAGUUUUAUAGUGUAUGAGAAUAAACUUGCUAUACUUUAUCCUCCUUUGACUGGGCCUCCUUUGAUUGAAUUGUGGGUGAUGGAGGAGAGUACUGGUUCAUCUUGGACUAAAAGAUAUACUUAUUGCAGUCCCUAUUCAUCGUGUUUGUUAAUUCCAAUGGCUUUUUGGAGGAAUGGAAUUGUCUGCUACAUUGGUAAAGUGGAGAACGAUAGUGCAAAAACUGUUUUGAUAAACCCCACUACUAAUGAAUUUCAGAUGAUUGAUCUCUGCAGACCUGAUCACAGUCAUUUUGUUUUCGAUUAUGCAGAAAGUCUCGUAUCAAUUAGCAACAUCCAUGCUGAAGAACAAUCACCUCAAUCUUGAAUCUUUAUUUUAUUUUUUACGAUGCAGAUAAGUUUUACUUAGUUUGAGCACUUGUUCUAUUUUGGAGAUGUUUCUAGAACGAUAAAUGCAGUAUGUUCCAUGCCUGAAAAUUUUUAGCUUUA